CACAUACUUAAACUCGCUUUAUUUCAAUCUAAUUUCAAACCGGACUCUUUACAUGGUACUUUUUAUCUUUAGCAGAGUUCAUCGCUACGUGGAUUCAUUAGUACCCGGAUCUACUAGCCUGAUUGCUAACUGUGUUCAGAUAUAAAUUUAGCAUACGGGUAGUACGAACUACAUAAUUACGACCCUGAAGAGUGCGUACUAAUCUCGGGCAGUCGUAUGAAGUCUUGAUAGCCAAAACAAACCGUACUACAUAACGUGUGAAGAUGAAUGUGGGCGUUGCUCACAGCGAGGUGAACCCUAACACCCGGGUGAUGAACAGCCGGGGGAUCUGGCUGGCCUACCUGCUUCUGACCACUGCCCUCCAUGUAGUGUUACUCAGCAUUCCUUUCCUCAGUGUACCUGUGGUGUGGACCCUCACCAAUGUCUUACACAACCUGGCCAUGUAUCUGUUCUUGCACACGGUCAAAGGCACUCCGUUUGAGACACCCGACCAGGGCAAGGCACGUUUGCUCACGCACUGGGAACAGAUGGAUUACGGCAUCCAGUUCACAUCCUCCAGAAAGUUCCUCACCAUCUCACCUAUUGUGCUGUACAUUCUGGCCAGCUUCUAUACCAAAUAUGACACCACCCAUUUCCUGGUCAACACAGGAUCACUACUAAGUGUCAUCCUUCCCAAGUUGCCUCAGUUUCAUGGAGUUCGACUCUUUGGCAUCAACAAAUACUGAUAUUACACUGCAGCCCCCGAAUGAAGUGGGAUGUAGCAUCAUGGAGAUGAGACUGAUGUUUCUCCUGAUGAUUCUUUCGUGGUCCACAGCCUUAUGGGCCACAAACUGCACUGGACUCGAAGUACACAUAUUUAAAAAAGGUCUUUCAUGCUCAGGUUUAUUCGAUCUGUGGUGUUUUAUUUCUCUAUAUAAUCAUCGAAAUCACAUUUGUCAUGGUCUGCUCAAAUGAAUGUUAUGGUUACAGUGGCAUAAUCCUUACCUUGAGCGCUGUCAUUGUAGAGUGAAAACAUACAAAUGUGAUAGUGUUGAAUUAUAAUGUUCAAACCCAUUUUUAUACAGUGGCUUUUUCAAUAGACAUGAUUUUCCUCUCAAACUGCUUUUUAGUGUAAAAUUCUGGUUUUAUUUAUGUCUCAUUUUCAUUUCAUUUGCUACAAAAAUGCAAAACGAUGAAUUUCUGGAUGUGAUAGAAGUAAACAAUCUACUUUAUAAUUUGCUUUCCUACAGGUUAUUUUCAACAAUUUGGUUUGGUGAACUUCAGUAGUGUGGUUUAGAUUUGAUAUAGAAUUUCUUUAUUUAUGCCUUUAGUUGCUUUUACUAUCACGAAACAUUCAAACUCGAAGUUAUUGCCAUGCUCAUGUGUGAAGACUUAUCUUUUUUAACAUUUGUACAGGUUUAAGUUCAAUGGUGUUGCACUCUCAUAAUUAAAAUGCAUUAAAAGUCAUUACGUUA